CAAAGGUGAUGUCACGGCGCCCAGAGCGAGGCUAGGGUAGAGAGGCCGACGACAGUGCAAGAGUCGUCCGCUUGUGGUGGAGGCUGCUGGGAACCCGCGAGAGGGUGAGCGGGCGAGCAGGCGAGCAGGCGAGCAGACUAGCAGACGAGCGAGAUAGAGCAGGCUGUAGGGAGCGUCGCGGAGCUCCGAGGGACGCCGGGCCGGGCCGCGGCCGAUUCAGCCCAAGAGGGCUGCCCGAGCUGGGUGCUGGGGGUCCCCACCCCCACCCAGCCGGACAGUGCCUGGUGUUUCCCAGUGCGGGAGUCGGCAGCGGCGGCUGACGGGACCCGACGGAACCGCGGCCGUGUUGACACCUCCCCGAGGAGCCGGCGCGGCCGCGGGCUCCUCAGAGCCGGGGAGCGGGGCCCGUGACAGACGGGCCGAGGAAGGGAGCGAGGCGGCGGCGGCGGCGCAGGCGACGGAGAGGCGGCAUCGACGACACCAUGUCAUCCCCCAGUCCGGGCAAGAGGCGGAUGGACACGGACGUGGUCAAGCUCAUUGAGAGUAAGCAUGAAGUUACAAUCCUGGGAGGACUCAAUGAAUUUGUAGUGAAGUUCUAUGGACCACAAGGAACACCAUAUGAAGGUGGAGUAUGGAAAGUUAGAGUGGAUCUUCCUGAUAAAUACCCUUUUAAAUCUCCAUCUAUAGGAUUCAUGAAUAAAAUUUUCCAUCCCAACAUUGACGAAGCGUCGGGAACUGUGUGUCUAGAUGUAAUUAAUCAAACCUGGACAGCUCUUUAUGAUCUUACCAAUAUAUUUGAGUCCUUCUUGCCCCAGCUGUUGGCCUACCCUAACCCCAUAGAUCCUCUCAAUGGUGAUGCAGCAGCCAUGUACCUCCACCGACCAGAAGAAUACAAGCAGAAAAUUAAAGAAUAUAUCCAGAAGUAUGCAACGGAGGAGGCCCUAAAGGAGCAGGAAGAGGGCACUGGGGACAGCUCUUCGGAGAGUUCUAUGUCUGACUUUUCGGAAGACGAGGCCCAGGACAUGGAGUUGUAGUAGAAGAAGCACCUGCUUUUCAGAAAGACUAUUAUUUCCUAACCAUGAGAAGCAGACUAUAAUAUUCAUAUUUAAACAAAGCAAUUUUUUUUAUUACUAAACAAGGUUUUUAUGAAUAAUAGCAUUGAUAUAUAUAUAUUAUAUAUCACCCUUUAGAUCUUGAUUUCUUGGUCAUUUCUCAACCUGAGGUGCAUAGCAUAUUCCCACAUUCCAUUUUGGUAGCAAUAUGCGGUCCGAAUGCAUGCAUUCAUAAGUCCAUUUGGCCAAGGCAGCCUGUGUGCUACUGAAUGUCACAUAGCCACUCUGAUAAGUAGACAUGAGUAAAAAUAACAGGAAAAGUUGCUUCUUUUUAUUGAUGGUUCCAAAGAAACAAACCAAACCAACCAGCUCUUGAAUGUGAAGAUAAAAUAGUGCUUUUUCAAAUUGGAAAGGAAAAAAUUGGGGAGGAAGAGGCCUGCUUUGGGAACAUGUAGAGCCAGCCACGUACAAAUCAACGGCCCCUUCCUGUGAGUCCUAGAUGGGCCCAUUUUGUGGAGUAUCAGUGUAAAGCAGAGAGCUAAUUAGAGAAUUGAGAAAACAUUUUCGACUGAACUUAAGUACAUUUUUAUAUGUAGAUUCCUGCCCUUCAUGCUACCAGACCUGCAGCCACCACAUUGUGUAUUGGAGAACCUCUUGGAAGUAUUUUCUAAGCCUGAUUUUUUCUUGGGGUAUAGGUUGUGAUCCAGACCUUUUUUUUUUUUUUUUUUUUUUUUUUUUUUUGAGAGGACAGGAGGAGAAAAGUGACUGGAAGAUAUGGCCUCUCAUCGAAAACACUUGCAAAGUCCCAUGCUAAUUCUAGUGUUGGGCCAGCUCAAGACUGCUGCCUGGACUAAAUUAAACUGAAGGGGGUUUUGGUUUUGGUUUUUUUCCAAUAUGUGUGCAUUGUGCUUAGACGGGUUACAAGUACCAUCUUCACAUGCUAAGUGAUGGUCUCCUGCCUGGACAAGCUGCUCGGUGGACCACUAGAUGCGAGAAGACCGGCCUGUUGGCUUCAAGGCCUAGGUUGCUCCUACUCCAUGUCGUGUUUGAUUCCCCCUGGCAGCAGCCUGGUCACCGUCUGUCUGUGGGGAGUGGGCUAUAGGUAUUCAAAACCCAAAGCAGAUUCUCAACUUGAAAAACAACUGGAACAGAUAAAGGCUCUUGUAUCUAAAGGGCCUGCAUAUGGGAAAAACAGCUUUCUUCGGAGAAUGACUGGCUAGAAAAGAGGGAUUCGGGAACGUGAUGUAGGAGGACAGCUUGUGAAGGAAGAACACCUCCUGUCCUGAGUGUAAGAGCAAGUCAGACUGUUUAACCUGUCAAUCCAGUAUUUGCUCUGCUAACCCUGCGUCCAGGUUGCCGUGGAGUUUCUUUCAAUCUGAGUGUUGCCUGCUGAAUCUGGAGGGGGAUUUGGAGAAGUUUUAAACAACAGCUCUAUUUUUUUUCCCCCACAUCCAGUAGGACAGAAGUAGAUUUAGCCAAUCCUGAGAUCUAAAGACAACUUUGAAUGUUUCCCUGGGAUAAUUUUUCUUUUUAAUGUGUUUUUAGUUUAGAAGUGCUGUGUUCCACAAGGUUUAAGUCAAUGAGGUUGGAAAAUACCUAAUCUUUUUUUCUUUUUUUAAAUUCAAAAAGCACAAUCAAUCUUUUCUUUGAAAAAAGUACAACUUGUUUUUAGCAUGAUUAUUUUCCUAAAUAAAAGACAAAGAAUUUACUUAUUAAUUACGGGCACGAAGCAAGAGGUUUUCUUUUAAAAAGUGCAGUUCUAUAAAGCUGUGGCUAGUGAACUGUACCCAGUUAGCGCUAGCAUUCGUGGCUUGUUGGAAGGGUAGAAUUAACUGUAACAUGUAAUGAAUGGUGUACUUUGACCUAGCGCACUGUCUUCGUUGCUUUGGGGGCGGGAGGGUCUCUGCUGGCGCUGUCCGCGUGCUUCCCUGCUGCAUUCACAGUCUGCUUGUGCUGUAACCUUUAUUGUUAGGUGCUACUUAGGGUAAGCUAGAAGUGCUGGGUGGUGAUUUGAGUUCAAACAAUAAAAUAUCGUAUUUUUUCAAUAUUGUAAAACAAUAGUGUUCUAAUUACCCUUCCAAAACAGUCCAGAUGAUUGAUUUUGAUCUUGUCCAGAAAAAAAGUGCAGGGAAGAUGGUGCAGCUCUGCCUCACAGGAACCCAUUUUCUCCAGUGCAGAGCCCACGCUUGCCCUUUUUCCAGAGUCCCAGCAACACUGGCUGAGGUACAGGCACCCACAUGAAAAUCGGGGUGAAGCAGCAGGCCAAGUGUGGCUGCCGAGUGUGUGUGGUGAAGGUGUAAUUAGUCUCCUCUGUUAGCACUGGAAACUCCUGGGCUUGUGCCCAAGUCUCACCCUUCCCUCCUGUCAUGUGCAGGUGUCCCUUGAGAGCACUAACCCUGACCCUGCACAUAUUUGGGCUCUUUGAGCCAAACUUUUCCCUUUGUAGGUUGGACAGAAUCCCUUCUAAUACUCUGUCCCCUGCUCCUAUGCAAGGUUGGAAGAAAAGGCUUACAAGCUUAAAGGAGCUAGGAGCUCUGGUUGGGACUCGGGGGCCCCCAUAAUCUGCAGCAGGAGCUAUUUGACAGGCUCUUUCUGAGCUGUUAGUGUGUCCCUUCCUUACUGAAUGGCCCUCAGAGCGCUGAAGAGGUAAACUCGGCCUCAACUGGUGACAGGAAUCAGAGCUGCUGUUGACAGUUUCCCUGGCCUUGGUACCCAGCAUUUUUGAAAUCCUACCUUGUGUUUUACCAGCACAAGCCAUGCUGUGCUCCCGUUCCAACCUGAGCUUCAGCUCUUGCCAAACACGCAGCAAGGUGGCUGCAGCUGGCAGCGCUGGCCGCCCUAGAAAGCCCAACACGGGGCCGGUGGGCAGCAGUGUCUUGGCUUCUUUGUUGGCAGUCUUGCCACCCUCUUGAGGUUACUUUUCAGUUUCAGCCAGCGUUCUACACCAGUGAGUGAACAGUCAGAUGUUGCCAUAUAAUCUCUCUGUUACUAAUGUUUUUGUCCACUUUGGAAGCUGUUCUGAUUGCCAACCAGCUGAUCUGGGCUACCGAGGAGUCCCCCUCCCACCCUCGGCUCCCUGUAGCCCUCCUUGGUCUUGACCCAACGCUUGCUUUUUCCUUGGCCUCCUCUUGGGACGGCCCCAUCCUCUACCAGCCUCUGUGGCUCAGGUUUCUUGACACCCUGUCUGGGAACUAGUGCUAGUUUUUCUGCAGCAUGUGUUGCCCCCCCUCCCCCGAAGCCAUUUAUAAAAUUUAACAGGGGUUUUACUUCAUCUACUUCCUAACUGGGUUUACAGCCUUGUUGGAGGAAAUCACUCAGUUGUGCUUGAGCACAGGAACUGCAUUUCUUGGGCUUCUGAAUCCAUGUUGCCACUUCCUGGUGGCCCCAGCAGGCUGCGUGGGGUGGAGGCUGAGGCACACAGCUCCCCCUCUCCUGAGGAGGGGCUCUUCAUUUAGUGAAUGCUUGUCUUGGCUGUGGGCUUGGGAAGAAAUGGCCAUUAUUUACUGAUUGUAUUUGGUACAUACUGUGUGAUACUUGAAAAGAUCAAAGGGACUUACCAGCCCUGAGUUGAAAUCUAAGGUUUUUAUUGCUUACGUUUUCCUUGCCCCGUCUCCUCCCUUCCACCUUUUCCCUUGCAUUGUGAUGAUCUAGUGGGCACGUCUGUCACCAGGACAAAUGCCGCCUCUGACUAUAACCUCUUAAUAGUUGUGUAUAAUGAAAACUGUAAACUUUUUUAAAUAAAAUGUAUAUACCUUGCCAAA